AUGGCUUCCAAGCGCAUUCAAAAGGAGUUGCAGGACUUGCAAAAGGAUCCGCCGACAUCAUGCAGCGCUGGCCCUGCCGGAGAUGAUCUCUUCCACUGGCAGGCCACCAUCAUGGGUCCCGGCGACAGCCCCUACACCGGCGGCGUUUUUUUCGUUACCAUCCACUUCCCGCCAGACUACCCCUUCAAGCCGCCCAAGGUCCAGUUCCAGACCAAGGUGUACCACCCCAACAUCAAUAGCCAGGGCAGCAUCUGCUUGGACAUCCUGAAGGAGCAGUGGAGCCCCGCGCUGACCAUCUCCAAGGUCCUGCUCUCCAUCUGCUCCCUGCUCACGGACCCCAACCCCGACGACCCGCUGGUACCCGAGAUCGCCCACAUCUACAAGUCCGACCGCUCCCGCUACGAGGACACGGCGCGCGAGUGGACCCGGAAGUAUGCCAUGGGGUAA